CAGAGAUUUCACGUUUAAGCUCUGGAUCUUCUGCUUCACACAAGAAGAAAAUUAAAGUUUUAAACAACCCCAAACGCGAUCUAAAUCUCAACCUCUCUCGCUCUCACGUCUCCUUCUUCUUUGAAACUUCUCUAUGUGCUUCGAGCCAGAGCAGCCGUUGAGUCAACUCGCCAGGAUUACUCACCGAGUUGGAUCCUCUCUGGUCGCAGACGCACAGGGCUUCUCAUAACCCUAUCUGUAGAUACCUCAUUCUCAGAUCUGACUUACUGAGUCGCGGCCCGUUCCGACUCGGGAAUGGCUUCUUCGGAAGCCGAUUCCCGUCUGAGCCAGGUCGUGUCCCCAGCCCUUGAGCGAAUUAUCAAGAACGCGUCGUGGCGCAAGCAUGCGAAGCUCGCUCAUGAAUGCAAAGCCAUUCUCGAAAGGCUCAGUUCGAAGCAGCCUAGUCCAGGUGAUUCCGAGCCCGAUAAUUCAGGCCCCGGCCCACUCCAUGACGGUGGGACAGAAUACUCUCUCGCCGAUUCCGAGUCCAUCCUCGGCCCUCUGAUCAACGCCUCUGCGUCUGGCGUCCUCAAGAUCGCUGAUCCAGCCGUUGAUUGUGUGCAGAAACUGAUCGCCCAUGGCUAUCUACGCGGCGAGGCUGAUCCCAGCGGUGGCACGGAGGCCAAGCUACUUGCCAAGCUGAUUGAAUCCGUGUGCAAAUGCCACGAUUUUGGCGAUGAUCAGAUGGAGCUUGCGGUUCUGAAGACACUUUUGUCCGCGGUCACAUCGAUUUCGCUGCGAAUUCAUGGCGAUUGUCUGCUUCAGAUUGUGAGGACUUGCUACGAUAUCUAUUUGGGGAGUAAGAACGUGGUUAAUCAGACCACAGCCAAGGCCUCUCUGAUCCAAAUGCUGGUAAUUGUGUUUCGGAGAAUGGAGGCUGAUUCGUCCACGGUUCCGAUUCAGCCAAUUGUGGUUGCUGAAUUGAUGGAACCGGUCGAGAAAUCUGACGCGGACGGCACGAUGACCAUGUUCGUGCAAGGAUUUAUAACCAAAAUUAUGCAGGAUAUCGAUGGAGUUCUGAACCCGUCCACUCCCGGUAAGGUUUCGCAUGGUGCGCACGACGGUGCGUUUGAGACAACAACUGUGGAGACCACGAACCCGACGGAUUUGUUGGACUCGACGGAUAAGGAUAUGUUGGAUGCAAAGUAUUGGGAAAUAAGUAUGUACAAGACGGCGUUGGAGGGGAGGAAAGGAGAGUUGGCGGACGGGGAAGUAGAGAGAGACGAUGAUUUGGAAGUUCAGAUUGGUAACAAGUUGAGGAGGGACGCGUUUUUGGUGUUCCGAGCGCUUUGUAAGCUGUCCAUGAAGACCCCUCCUAAGGAGGCAUUGGCGGAUCCUCAGUUGAUGAAGGGAAAGAUUGUGGCAUUGGAGCUGUUGAAGAUAUUGUUGGAGAAUGCUGGAGCUGUCUUUAGGACCAGUGAUAGGUUUUUGGGUGCCAUUAAGCAAUACUUGUGUCUGUCAUUGUUGAAGAAUAGUGCUUCUACUCUUAUGAUAGUUUUCCAGUUAUCUUGCUCCAUCUUCAUUAGUCUUGUUUCAAGAUUCAGAGCUGGAUUGAAAGCAGAGAUUGGAGUAUUUUUUCCUAUGAUAGUUCUCAGGGUUUUGGAAAAUGUCGCACAACCUAAUUUUCAGCAGAAGAUGAUAGUCCUUCGGUUUCUUGAGAAGCUUUGUGUUGAUUCACAGAUCUUGGUGGACAUAUUCAUCAAUUAUGAUUGUGAUGUCAAUUCAUCAAACAUAUUUGAGAGGAUGGUUAAUGGACUUCUUAAAACUGCUCAAGGUGUCCCUCCUGGUGUAGUCACCACGCUGUUGCCACCUCAGGAGGUAACCAUGAAACUUGAAGCUAUGAAGUGUUUAGUUGCUAUUCUGAAGUCAAUGGGAGACUGGAUGAACAAACAAUUGCGAAUUCCAGAUCCUCAUUCUACCAAGAAAAUUGAGGCAACUGAAAAUAGUUCUGAACCUGGAAGUCUUCCCAUUGUAAAUGGCAAUGGCGAUGAGCCUGUCGAAGGAUCAGAUUCUCAUUCAGAAGCCUCCAAUGAGACUUCUGAUGCUUUGACAAUUGAACAACGCCGGGCUUACAAGCUGGAACUUCAGGAAGGUAUAUCUCUUUUUAACCGGAAACCUAAGAAAGGUAUCGAGUUUCUUAUUAAUGCUAAUAAGGUGGGAAAUUCACCCGAGGAGAUAGCAGCUUUUCUUAAAAAUGCAUCUGGUUUGAACAAGACCAUGAUUGGUGAUUACCUCGGAGAGAGAGAAGACUUAUCGUUGAAAGUGAUGCAUUUCUAUGUGGAUUCGUUUGAUUUUCAAGGGAUGGAGUUUGAUGAGGCUAUUAGGACCUUUCUUCAAGGCUUUAGGUUGCCUGGUGAGGCACAGAAGAUUGAUAGAAUCAUGGAGAAGUUUGCUGAGCGAUAUUGCAAAUGUAAUCCAAAAGCUUUUACUAGUGCUGACACAGCAUAUGUCCUUGCUUACUCUGUGAUAAUGCUCAAUACAGAUGCUCAUAAUGCAAUGGUGAAGAACAAGAUGUCUGCUGAUGAUUUUAUACGAAACAAUCGUGGCAUUGAUGAUGGAAAAGAUUUACCUGAGGAGUACAUGAGGUCAUUGUAUGAACGGAUAUCUAGAAACGAGAUAAAAAUGAAAGAUGAUGAUUUGGCUCCUCAACAGAUACAGGCCAUGAACUCAAACAGAAUUUUGGGCUUGGACUCUAUCUUGAAUAUUGUGAUCCGAAAACGUGGGGAAGACAAGUAUAUGGAGACCAGUGAUGAUCUUAUUAGGCACAUGCAGGAACAGUUUAAAGAAAAAGCACGCAAAUCAGAGUCAGUUUAUUAUGCUGCAACAGAUGUGGUGAUUCUCAGAUUUAUGAUUGAGGUUUGUUGGGCUCCUAUGCUGGCUGCAUUCAGUGUUCCACUGGACCAAACUGAUGAUGAAGUAAUAAUAGCCCUCUGUCUUGAAGGCAUCCGAUAUGCUAUUCAUGUCACUGCUGUAAUGUCCAUGAAAACUCAUAGAGAUGCAUUUGUGACUUCUCUAGGAAAGUUUACUUCUUUGCACUCUCCUGCUGACAUCAAACAAAAAAAUAUAGAUGCAAUUAAGGCAAUAGUGACGAUUGCGGAUGAGGAUGGUAAUUACUUACAGGAAGCUUGGGAGCAUAUUUUGACAUGUGUUUCCCGGUUUGAACACCUACAUCUCCUGGGGGAAGGUGCUCCUCCAGAUGCCACAUUUUUUGCUUUUCCUCAAAAUGAGUCAGAAAAAUCAAAACAACCCAAGUCAACCAUCCUUCCCGUAUUAAAGAAGAAGGGACCUGGGAGGAUUCAGUACACAGCAGCUGCUGUGAUGAGAGGUUCAUAUGAUAGUGCUGGUAUUGGUAGCAAUGCUUCAGGAAUGGUCACAUCUGAACAGAUGAACAAUUUAGUUUCUAAUUUAAACAUGUUAGAACAAGUUGGAAGCUCUGAAAUGAAUCGAAUAUUCACACGAAGUCAAAAAUUGAACAGUGAGGCAAUUAUAGACUUUGUCAAGGCCCUUUGCAAGGUCUCCAUGGAAGAAUUACGAUCGGCAUCAGAUCCUCGGGUUUUUAGCUUGACAAAGAUUGUUGAGAUUGCGCACUAUAACAUGAACCGAAUCAGGCUUGUGUGGUCAAGCAUCUGGAAUGUGCUCUCUGAUUUCUUCGUGACAAUUGGCUGUUCUGAGAACCUGUCUAUUGCAAUUUUUGCAAUGGAUUCACUUCGCCAGUUAUCAAUGAAAUUCUUAGAGCGAGAAGAGUUGGCUAAUUAUAAUUUUCAGAAUGAAUUCAUGAAGCCAUUUGUUAUUGUUAUGCGAAAGAGUAGUGCAGUUGAAAUUAGAGAAUUAAUCAUCAGAUGCGUCUCACAAAUGGUUUUGUCUCGUGUCAAUAAUGUGAAAUCCGGAUGGAAGAGUAUGUUCAUGGUUUUCACUACAGCCGCAUAUGACGACCACAAAAAUAUUGUCCUUUUGGCCUUUGAAAUAAUUGAGAAGAUAAUUCGAGACUACUUCCCAUAUAUUACAGAGACUGAGACCACCACCUUUACAGAUUGUGUGAAUUGCCUAAUUGCGUUCACCAAUAGUAGGUUCAACAAAGACAUUAGCCUCAAUGCUAUUGCGUUUCUUCGGUUCUGUGCAACUAAACUUGCAGAGGGAGAUCUUGGUUCCUCUUCAAAGAAUAAAGACAAGGAUGGUGCUGGAAAAGUUCCUCCAUCUUCACCUCACACUGGUAAAGAUGGAAAACAAGAUAAUGGAGAAAUGCCAGAUAAGGAUGACCAUCUCUAUUUCUGGUUCCCGUUACUGGCUGGUUUAUCAGAACUUAGCUUUGACCCAAGGCCUGAAAUCAGAAAAAGUGCCUUACAAGUGCUCUUUGAAACUCUACGGAACCAUGGUCACCAUUUCUCACUUCCAUUGUGGGAACGAGUGUUUGAAUCUGUUCUGUUUCCAAUAUUUGACUAUGUGAGGCAUGCCAUUGAUCCUUCUGGGGAGAACUUGGCAGAGCAAGAAGUUGAUAAUGACUCAGGUGAACUUGAUCAAGAUGCCUGGCUCUAUGAGACGUGCACAUUGGCACUCCAAUUAGUGGUAGAUCUGUUUGUGAAAUUUUAUAGCACCGUCAAUCCACUUUUGAAGAAAGUUUUGAUGCUUCUGGUAAGUUUUAUUAAGCGUCCUCACCAGAGCCUAGCUGGUAUUGGUAUAGCUGCAUUUGUUCGUUUGAUGAGCAAUGCUGGAGACCUAUUUUCUGAUGAAAAGUGGCUAGACGUGGUUUUGUCAUUAAAAGAAGCUGCAAAUUCAACACUUCCUGAUUUCACUUUCAUAUUUAGUGGAGAUUGCAACAUUAAAACCCAUGAGCCUGCUUCAAGUAGAGAGAAUAGUGGAGAUACUGCUGUGUCUGGCAUGCCUGAUGAUGAUUCAGAUAGAGCAAGGAUACACCAUCUGUAUGCUUGUAUAUCUGAUGUUAAGUGCAGGGCUGCUGUUCAGCUUCUAUUGAUUCAGGCAGUGCUAGAGAUUUACAACAUGUACAGGUCUCACCUCUCAGCCAAAACCAUCUUAGUCCUUUUUGGGGCUUUGCAUGAUGUGGCAUACCAUGCUCACAAGAUUAACAGCAACAUGAGAUUGCGGUCAAAGCUACAAGAGUUUGGCUCUAUGACCCAAAUGCAAGAUCCUCCUCUGUUACGCCUUGAGAAUGAGUCUUACCAAAUUUGCCUCACCUUCCUGCAAAAUCUAAUUGAGGACAGACCUCCAAGUUAUGAGGAGGCUGAGGUGGAAUCCUGCCUUGUUGAUCUUUGCCGGGAGGUUCUACUGUUCUACAUCGAUACCUCUCGCAAUGGACAGAUAUCUGAAUCAUCUCUUGGUGCACAGCCUCGUUGGCAAAUUCCUCUUGGCUCUGGGAAGCGGAGAGAGUUGGCUACACGAGCUCCACUCAUUGUUGCAACUCUUCAGGCUAUCUGUAGUUUGGGAGAGGCUUCUUUUGAGAACAACUUGGCUAAUUUCUUUCCUCUCAUUUCGAACUUGAUAAGUUGUGAACAUGGAUCAAAUGAGGUGCAGGCCGCUCUCAGUGACAUGCUCAGCUCAUCAGUGGGUCCUGUUUUGCUUCGAUCAUGUUGAUGCUGGUGAAGUUGGACCCUGCAUUUUGAGAUGAGGGCCAAAACUUUUCUUCAUCAGCUUGAAGCCAUGGAAAUUGCUGGAGGAGGAUGUAAAGGAAGAAAGCCAAGGAAACUAUCUUCCAGUCUUGAUGUAUCAAACUCAGGUUUUGCAGUCAUGGAAUUGUCCAACCAGUUUAAAAAAAUUUUCGAGGUCAUUGACGUAAACGGAGAUGGGAAAAUAUCCCCCUUGGAGCUCAGUGAAGUUCUUUUGUGCCUCGGAUACGAAAAAUCAAUUGCUACAAAGGAAGCCGAAGGAAUAGUGAGAGAGAUGGACUGUAAUGGAGAUGGGUUUCUCGAUAUGGAUGAAUUCAUGGAUGCUAUGGAAGGAAAUGAGUGUGGUAAUGAUCAGGAAGACCAUCUUAGGGAUGCUUUUUAUAUAUUUGAUAGUGAUAGAAAUGGAAAGAUUUCGGCUCAGGAGUUGCAGCGUGUUCUUGUCAAGCUUGGUUGCAAUAAAUGCAGUCUUCAAUAGUGUAGACAAAUGAUUAAAGGGUUCGAUAAGAAUGGUGAUGGGUUUGUCGAUUUUGAAGAAUUUCAGCUGAUGAUGACAGGAGGUGCUAGUUAAAAACACUACUUUGGUUCAGCUUAAUGCAUAAUUAGCUUCUUUUUUGCUUUAUUUGAAUUGAAACUUGAAUGAACCGAAUUUGAAUUUAGGAGCUGGUUUACUUAUUGCGUGUAAGAGUAUUCGUAUUAGGCAGGUUAGCAGGUAAAUUAAGUAGGGCCGUAUAUGUUUGUAUGAAGAAAACGGGCUUUUUUCCAAAGAAAUUGGGACGUCCCUCUGUUUUUAUUGCUGUUUAGCCUUUGUUUUCUAACGAAAUCUUGUUGUAUGCAAAAAAUAGAAAUAAAUGGCCUAAUAGAGUAAACUUGUCUCACUUGGCACCAUUUUUCUUGGAUUCUUUUAUCCAUUCAAUGGAAAUCAGAGGUGGUCCUCUCUCUUUCUCUC